AUGGAUCUAUCCAAGAUUUCCGGUCUGGGUUUCGUGGGUCUAGGGGCCAUGGGGCUUCCCAUGGCCGGGCACCUUGCAGCAAAGCUUCCCGAGAAUGUCCGCAUCUUCGUGUAUGAUAUCAACCAAGCAAGCAUGGAUCAACUACACCAGGACUACCCUAAGAGGAUAACCAAGUGCUCCGGAGCAAAGGAGGUAGCCGACAAAUCGGAAGUCAUUCUGACCAUGCUCCCGGAAGGAAAACAUGUUCGAUUAGUAUACAUGGAAGGGGGCUCCGACACAAUCUGCUCGAGUGAUGUGUCCGGAAAGCUGCUGGUUGACUGCUCGACCAUCGACACGGCCAGUAGUCUGGCUGUGAAGGACUACAUCAACGAAAAAUUUCCGACCACGUCUUUCUAUGACGCCCCCGUCAGCGGGGGUGUGGUGGGAGCGCAGAAGGGCACGAUAGCAUUCUUCCUCGGGUGCGACGGUAACGAUAAGAACCUGCCUCACGUGACGCGCCUGCUGCAGUUGAUGGGCAAGGAGGUGAUCCCCUGCGGCGGGCCGUCGAAAGGCCUGGCUGCGAAGUUGUCCAACAAUUACCUAUCAGGCAUCAUUGCGAUUGCCGUCUCCGAAGCCAUGGAUAUGGGUAUGAGGUCGGGCCUGGAUCCCCGCGUGCUGCACAAGGUCUACGGAGCAGGGACGGCGCAGAAUACUAUAUGUGACCGAUUUUGUCCUGUCCCAGGUGUCUAUCCCGAGGCGCCGUCAUCGAGGGGGUACACCAAUGGAUUCAAGGUGCAAUUGAUGCGCAAGGACUUUGGACUAGCCUUGGACAUGGCGAAAAGGGUGGGCGCAAAGAACGUGCUGGGCGAGGCCGGAUAUGCGACAUAUGACGGAGCCAGUAAUGAUCCGCGAUGCAAGGACCUAGACUCUAGAGUCGUCUUCCGGUACCUGGGCGGGAAUGAGGACUGGCAGAAGGACGCCGACGAGGCUACGGCGAGCAAGCUGACAUGA